AUGCUAGAUGUCAAGAUGAGUUCCCGUGCUGACACUGAUAACCCCAAACAUUUCACCCUGGUAGCGCCUGAGCCUGCACUGGCCGAUACGCAUGCAGAAGAGCCACCACGUUCCAGAGAGGAGUUUGAGCCAGAGGGCAACGAACACUUGGAUGACGACGGCGACGACGAUUACGAAAGACAGCACUCCGUGUCCAUUGAACCGCUAGACACAUUGCCACUGAAGAAAAAACUACGAAACUUCUCGUACAUUACCUUUUUCACGAUAGGGAUAGGUCUCUUGUGGCCAUGGAAUUGCAUUCUCAGUGCGUCGCAGUACUUCAAGCACGACAUUUUCAAGGACACGUCCAUUUGGGCCAAGAUCUUCACAAGCUCUAUGAUGUCCUUCUCGACCAUAUCCGCAAUGCUGUUCAAUAUCUAUCUGGCCAGGAGACAGUACAAGUACUCGAGAAGAGUCAUGAACGGGCUUGUAUGGGAAAUUAUCGUUUUCCUCGUCAUGUGCUUCUUCACCAUCCUGCAUUUUCUCUUGCCCAAAUGGUUCAACUUCAUGUUCAUCAUGGGGCUCGUGGUCAUCAGUUCCAUGGGGACGGCCAUGACACAGAAUGGUAUCAUGGCCAUAGCCAAUGUCUUCGGUUCGGAGUACAGUCAAGGCGUGAUGGUGGGCCAGGCCGUGGCCGGGGUGCUGCCUUCGCUGGUGCUUUUUGCCCUGUCGUUCAUCGAAAACUCGUCUGUUUCCACCACGGGGGGCAUUCUCCUGUACUUCUUCACGACCACGCUCGUGGUCACCGUUUGUGUUGUGAUGUUCAGCGUGAGCAAGAUCGGCAGGAAAGUGRCCGAGAGMUGGAACGUGGAAGAUGGACGCCUCAGCGACGUCCUGGUAGGGUCCUUGCGCUCCAGCGAGGAAGAAAUCCGUAUUGUCGGGCGGAUUGACCAGGUGGACGACGAUGACGAUGACGACCACGACCAUGACCACGGCCACAACAACAAUAGCGACGACGACGAGGGUGAAGAGCUCCAACUAAAGGUCCCCUUCGAGGUCCUGUUCGCCAAGCUAAAGUAUCUGGUGCUUUCCAUAUUCACCACCUUCGUCGUGACGCUCGUCUUCCCCGUGUUUGCGUCUGCCACCUACGUAACGGGCCUACCCUUGACUAACGCACAGUACAUCCCGCUCAUCUUCACGCUGUGGAACCUGGGAGACCUGUACGGCAGGGUCAUCGCCGACUGGCCCAUGUUCCGUGACCAGAACUUCACCCCCCGCAAGACGUUCAUCUACUCCCUGCUGCGGGUCGCCGCUAUCCCGCUGUUCCUGGUGUUCACGGCCAUUACCUCCUCCUCAAGUGGCAACGAGGACCGCAACGGCUCCGUCGUCGUCGACCUGUGCUACAUGCUCCUGCAGUUCCUGUUCGGCGUGACCAACGGCCACGUCAUCUCCAUGAGCUUCAUGAAGGUCCCGGAACAGCUGGACAACGACGACGAGAAGGAGGCAGCUGGUGGCUUCACCAACAUCUUCGUCUCCACGGGUCUGGCUCUAGGUAGCAUCCUCAGCUACGUCUUCGUCUUCGUCAUCGACUCCAUCAUCAGAUAG